ACUCGCUUCCACAAUUUCACAUGCAUCAGAGUCAUCAGGAAACUACCUUUUUCCCUUUCUGAGAUUUCCCAAAGCAAGUUUUUGGGAUUGUUCAUCCACUCAAGGAGGAGUGGUUUUUGCAGGGGAAAAAGUGGGUUUUUAAUUGUUGGAAGUGAAGAAAUCAUGGGGAAUUGCCUGAUGAGAUCAAGGCAGCUGGAAGAAGAGGAAAGAGAAGAGCAGCUAGAAGAGAUUCGUAAUCGUGAAGCUGCAACCGAGUUUGAGAAGGAAAAUAAAGUAGGGAAAGGCAGCAUAAAGGUGAAGAUAGUGCUUACAAAAGAGGAGCUUGAGUUGUUUUUGAUGAAGCUGAAGAAUAACAGUGGAGGGAAUAGCUUAGGGGAUCUUUUGGCGGAAAUGGAGAAAGAUAGAUCAGGAAAAGUUGAUUCCUGGAGACCUUCAUUGGAGAGUAUCAUGGAAGACGCCGACGCUGAAGGACUUGAAAUGGACAGAUCAUGAUUCUUGAAGCUUCAAUCCCUUUUGCUUUUCUUUCUUUUCCCUUUCUUUUUCUUCUUAUACUUUUUGAUUCAUAUUCUUCACAACCUCAUUUUACUUAGCUAGGAGCUUUGGUUUUUGAAUAUACAGAACUCUCUCUUUACUACGAACUUAGAUCUUUUAUUCAAGCUUUCUGCAGUUAAAGUAUAGAUCUAUAUGGAUAUCUGGUUGAAAGGACUGAUGGAUUUUAAGGCUGACAUAUUUAGACAGUUUAUAUGGAGUAGUAUCAUUUUAAAUAUGUUGUUUGUAAGCUGUGGUCUAUGGAAUUGAUUGGGAGUGCAUGGAAUGAGAAGUUAAUGGAUGUCAUUUUAGUUUUACCCACCAAA